AUGACGACCCCUUGGCUCCGCAUCGCCCAGGACUAUCGUAGCUACCUGAAGGAGGCAGGAUUCAGUGCCGAUGAAUUUAACAACCCUUCUUUUGACCGAACACAUGUCUUUAAUAAUUUCAACCAGUACAAGCAGCGGAAGCAACAACAUGGUGACAAAGAGAAAGACGAGGAACCAAGCGCUUCGGUCGCGGCCUUGCCCGCCGGUGUGGUAUCUCCGAAGGAAAGAUCAUCUGCACGUCCUACAGUAAAUGAAGAAGAUGGCUACAACUCAGAGAGUAGAGACCGGGGUGGCCUAGGAGAACCGAAUCCAGAUGCACCGGGUAGAAAUCGAGCCUACAAAACGAAAGAAGAGGAAGUACCUAGAUUUGUAGCUCUAGCAGUCAGAGCUGCUGCCGGUAAUGAUAGAUCUGCUGCUAGUUUGGUAUCUCCCGAGAAGCUGUCCGGCCAUACUGCAUCGAAAGACCCAGGCUUCAACUCGCUCAGGAGAAGCCUUACUGGAAACCAAAAAGGAUUUGAUGCACUGGCAGGCAGCAGUAAGCUGGCCAGUGAAGAGGAGGAAAAGGAAGUAACAAGAGUUGUAGCUUCCGUCAGAGCUGCAGCCGGUAAUGAUAGAUCUGCUGCUAGUUUGGUAUCUCCUGAAAAGACCCUUACCCAUCCCGCAGUGAGAGAACAAGAAUUCAAUUCACUGAGGAGAACCCUUGAUAUUGAAGAAGAAUCAAGUGCACUUGCAGUGAGCAGCAUUCGAGCACAGGAAGACAAAGUCGCAAGACAGGCUGCGAUUAGGGCGCCCAUCAGAGCUGCCACCGGGAAAUCUGCAACUUCACGUAGUCGGGUAUUCUUAUCUGAUAAGUCCGCCAGCGCAAAGGUGAGAUCAAGAGAACAAGACGGUCAAGGCAUCCAUUCUGUUCGAAGAAACUUGGAUGAACAAUUGACUGCAGCUGCCCAGCAAGAGAAACCCAAGGAACACGGGGGGUCAGGGUCGGCCGUGAAAAAGAGAGCGGCCAACUCUGCCACUGAAAAGGGGCCUCCCCGUAAAACAAGGAAGGAAUCUGCCGAGGAGCAUGCUGUAGCAGCUCGUGAUCGUGAAGAUGGAUCGGCAACGAGAGAGUCGGCAUCGGACAGAAGUAGCGAUCCCGGCGACAGUCAAACUAGACGAACCAAUGAGAACGGCACAGGCGACACCGACCAGAAUGCAGAGGAUACUGACAACAACAAUGAGUCUUGGGAAGAAUAUUUGAACGGUUGUCUCGAACUAGAUCAGGACAAGUAUUUGAGAAAGCGUUUGCUGAAAUCGAACACUGGUGAUAAGAAAACAUCGGCAUGGUGUCUGCUCAAGGCCUUCUUCCUAUCGAAGACUCCCACUUCAACAAAAGCAGAAUUGAUAAAGGCGGCAGAACCCUUCUAUGGAGCCCCCAUGCAGGCAAAGAAUUAUGAAGGAUUGGUGAAUGAAGAGUAUGGGCCUUGGCACUCUAUUAUCACCUUGGAAGGCAAAAGUUUUGUGCAGAGACACCCUCGCGGAGGGCUGGGCGGUGUAGAUACAUUUGAGUUGACGGGGGCUGGAAGGACUGUCUGUGCCAAACUAUUUGUGACAGGCAAGAAGGAAUCCACAGAAGGAGGAAGAGCCAAGAGAAAGCAAAAAGCUUCGUCGAUUACUUCGUUUUUCUCGCCAAAGAUGAACUAA